CCUCGUUCGUCGACACGUGUCCAAAACAAAAGGCGCACGAUGCAAUAAUUGUUAGGCGCGUGUACGAUCUCGUCAAUUAGGAAUUAUGUUCGGCAUGGAGAAUCUGGACCUGGACGUGGUCAACAGGCAGUUCUUCUUCGACGCGAAUCCGUUUAUCGGCGCGAACGUGCAGAGCAGCGGCAGUACCACCGGUUCGUCGAACAGCAGCGACUUAUUCUUGUACGAUGAGAACAGCAGUGAUUCCGGGACGUCGAGCUGUUCUUACAACAGCGACCAGGAGAACCACACCGACUCCAAGGAUAAAAUCCACAGACACAGACGCCGCAACAAAUGCCCUCAACAGCAAAUCCAGCAGCGACAAGCGGCGAAUCUGCGGGAACGCAAGCGAAUGCAGAGCAUAAACGACGCGUUCGAGGGCCUGAGGGCCCACAUACCCACGCUACCUUACGAAAAACGCCUGUCGAAAGUCGACACGUUGAAGCUGGCCAUCGGCUACAUCAACUUCUUGAGCGAGCUGGUGCGCACCGACAGGAACUCGAACAACGAGUACUUCAACGGCCACAACCGCAACCAGCACAAGGACGAGCCCAAGAAGAUCAUAGUCAGAGGUUCCGGCGGCCUUUACACGGCACACUCUUUGUCCUGGUCGAGGACGAAGGAGACGACAACGAACGGCAUAAUGCACGCCAAAGUGUGGAUGCCCGAAGACCCACGCACCAACAAGGACACCACGAGUUACAACUUGCCCGAAUGAGAAUCAACCACCGCUUUAACCCAUUCUAGUCGUUUAUUUCGUUGUUAAUGUUUUUUGAUUGUAAAUAUUCGUUGUUACAUAAUUUAAGCAUAGACUCAAACUGUCUAGUCAUAAUAUUUAAUACUCCAAAGUACCUGUACAUAUGUGAGAAUAAAUUUUUUUAUCAUUUC